AUGCUCAAGUCUCGAUCCUCGCUGCCUACGGGAGCAGCUACCUCACCACGAAACGAUCUUGAAGCAGGAAAAGCUCAUGUGUCAUCCUUAAAUCUGCUAAUGUCCAGAUUAGCUACUCGACCGCUAGCCUUUCACGCGCGUAGCAUCUUUUUUGAUCAUAAAGUUGCACGUAAUAAGGCUAUUAUACUGUGUAUGCAUGACAGUGUUGUACCCAUGGGCCUAUCACUCGUUCGAGAGUUGCGAUGUAUGGGUAACCAGGAACUCAUUCAAGUGUAUCAUUGUUUUCCAGACGAAUUGUCACUCAAGUCCCAAGAAAUGCUCUUUGCUGCUGAUGUACGACUAGAAAUUGUCGAUGUGUGCUCAGACUUGGUACAUCGUGGUACUUUGAAUGAAGAGAAGGCAAAGCACUUUCGCAGUUGGUGGAUCAAACCCUUGGCACUCUACCAUUCAAAUGUACGCGAAGUGAUGCUUUUAGAUGUCGAUGACAUUUUUAUGCGUGAUCCUGCAGUCUUGAGAACAACAGAUGGGUACAAUAAGACAGAACCGAAUGUCUCGUACUUGGAGACGUUGUUAUACAACUUUGACUACGUUAGCAUUAAUGUGAAGGACGGGUACGAGCCGAGCAAACAUCUGGAGCAGUCUUUCGCUUAUCGAGGCGAAACAGAACAUGAGCAAGAUUCGUCUGUUGUUGUCGUAAAUAAAGCACGGGCUGGUAAAGCUAUGGAAGCAUUAUGGUGGCUCAUUACUGAAGAACGAUUUCAUCACUCGUUUUCAUACGGUGACAAAGAGGCAUUCUGGCUAUCUUUUGAACUUGCCAAGCAAAAGUAUUUCUUCUCUCCAUGGGGAGUGAGUGUCAUUGAUUCGUCAACAAAUCGAGAUUUGGUGACUCAUAAUGACUCGCUUUGUGGUAGUAUUGCCCACUUUAUGCCAGUCGAAAACGAAGUUGCCGAGUUACUGUAUGUCAAUGGCAAGGCGUUACUUGAUCCGUUUGCAGAAGGACUCACGAGUCAUCAUACAGCGACAACGAAUGUGCUGUAUAAUAUGAAUCCAACUUACGUCACACCACGUCAAAAACGUGCUCCAAAUGGUAAGACCAAAACAGAAUUUCGAGGUGGUUGGCCAAAUGAAUGUCUGCGUGGCUUUGGUGCGACUCCACUACCUGAAAACUUUGCCCCAAAUUUACUACGUCGACGGAGGUUUUACAUGGGUGCUCGCAUGAACGUACCUGGAGCGCUGGAAGCCUGUUAA